AUGGCCACCGUCCCUAAACAAACAGAUAAAGUUGAAUGCUGGCUGGCCGGCUGGCCGGCCGGCCUCUCUCAUUUGCCCUCCUUCCCCCUCCUCCCCUGCUCCGGUCUGACAUUCUUUCACAGCUCGGACUUUGUCCCGGCGUGUGAGCGGCGGUCGCGGAUGCCGGUCGAGCGAGAGAGGCCUUCCUUUGCAGAUAUGGAGAACACCACGGAGAAGCGGGAAGCGGCCGGAGCCGACUCGGCGCCGAACGGCGGAGAGGCGGCGGACGUCGGCCCUCCAACCUUCCCUCUCCGCCCGACAGCCGCACCGGAGAGGACGGACGAGGGCGCCCGGAGCGCCGGCGGCGGCGAAGACUUGUCCUCCAUCAACGCCAUGAUGUCGGCGGUCAUGUCGGCGGCGGGCGGCAUCAACGGAGGAGGAGACGCGGGAAGCGACGUCGCUCCCGGACCCUCGCCGAGCCCGUCCCCCGACAAGACGCCCGCGGCGGCGGCCGUCAGGGCGCCGCCCGGCCGUAACGUCCGACGAAGCCAGGACGCCAAAGACGAGCGCGCGGCUCACGUCUGCCCGCUUUGCGACAAGAGCUGCCAGUCGCAGCAUCAGCUCACCAUGCACAUCAGACAGCACAACGCGGACGCGGGCGCGACGGACCACUCGUGCAGCAUUUGCGGCAAGUGUUUGAGCUCGGCGUCUUCGCUGGAUCGCCACAUGCUGGUGCACAGCGGCGAAAGGCCCUACAAAUGCAGCGUCUGCUCGCAGACUUUCACCACCAACGGCAACAUGCACAGACACAUGAAGAUUCACGAGAAAGACCCGGCCAGCGGUCUCCUGCCCGUAAGCCCGCCGUCGCCCACCAAGCGACGUCGACCGUCCGUCAAGAGGCGACAGGGCCAGGAGGACGAGGGCGCCGAGGAGCCCCCGGCCAAGAAGGUGACGGAGGAAUCUCCUCCAGAGGAAGCGGCGGUACCGCCGCCGGCGUCCGCGGCGCCGCCGCCGGGGGACGACGUCGCGCUCCCUUGUCCCAUCUGCUUCAAGACCUGCGUCGGUAGACCGGAGCUGGACACGCACAUGGACACGCACCCGGACACCACGCUCAGGUGCGACCUGUGCUGCCUUUCCUUCCGGACCCACCGCGGUUUGUUGCGUCACAACGCGGGGGUCCACAAGCUCCUGCCCCGAGACCCCGGCGGGCGACCGUUCAUCCAGAGCAAUCCGUCCAUCCCCGCCGGCUUCAACGACUUGGCCUUCAUCGACUUCUCCUGCAAGAAAUUUGCUCGCAUCGCCCAGGUGUGGUGCGAGACCAAUCUCCGGCGCUGCGUCGGCAAGUUUCACCGCUUCGUGUGCGAGCGCUGCGACAAGGCCUUCCCGCUGCGCUCGGCUCUGGACCUCCACAAGAGCCACGGACACUCGCCGGCGGUUAGCGACGCCCAUGACGGCGUCUCUCGGGACGCCCCGCUUUCCCCGCGGGAUCACUUCAUGGAGGCGCUAGGACUCCGACACGUUUCCAAGGUGAAGCGCCCCCCCACGGAGGACGAGAUCCACCAAGCGCACCUGGACAGCAUCAAGGUCAUCCACGUGGAGCCCCUGAGCUGCAGCCUCCCCCAGGAGCCCGCCUUCCUACCGGCGGGCACGGGCGGUCCGGCGGCCCCGGGCGGCACCCCGCCGGAUCGGACGUGUACCCUGCAGGGUCUGUCCCAAAGGGACGCCCUGGGUCUGCUGUCUCUGCAGCCCUUCCAGGCGGGCUUCCCGCUGCAGCCGGACGGCGGCGGCGCCGCUACCGCCGGCGGCGGGAGCGCCGUCAAGCCGGGCGAAGCGGCCGGCGUGCUGGAGCCGGCCGACGUCCGCCGCGUCCUCAAAGCGGCCGCCGCCGCGACCGAUCAAACCGGGCCGGGCUUUCCGGGUAGGUCUCGAUAUUUUUUGGGGGGCGCAGGUCUCAAGGCGGCGCCGACCGAGGCCGAGCCCCCUCCGACGCCUCGCUCGGAUCUGACGCCGGGCACGCCGCCGCCCCUGCGAAGUUCGCAGCGGGCCUCGCUGGGCCACGUCGGCCCCGGGUUACCGCCGCCCGGCCCCGCCCUCUUCGAGACGCGGCCUCCGUCUUUGGCGGACGGCCGCCGCCUCCCCUCGGACUCGCCGCCGGCCGCCGCGGCCGCGACUCGCGAGGAGGGCAGAAAGAGGGCGGCGGGCGAGGCCGAGGGCCGCUUCCCGUGCCGCUUCUGCGACCAGGUCUUCUCCUUUUCGGGCGUCCUGCAGGCUCACAUGCGCUUCCAUUUGGGCAUCCUGCCUCACCAGUGCAACAUCUGCGAUUACGUAGCGCCCGACAAGGCCACGCUGAUCCGCCACCUGCGCACCCACAGCGGCGAGCGCCCCUACAUUUGCCGCGUCUGCCACUACCCCUUCACCGUCAAGGCCAACUGCGAGCGCCACCUCAGGAAGAAACACGGCAAGACGUCCAGGAAGGACAUCGAGAAACACAUCAAGUGCGUCUUCUCCGCCGAGCCCGGCGUCUCUUCGAUCGACGCCCGCGCGGGGCGAGGCGGCGCCGACGCGGCCUGCCGAUUCUGCGGAGAGGACCUGAAGACGUACCGGGCCCUGCAGAUCCACUUGCGCACGCACAACGGCUGCCGACGGAAACCCUUCGAGUGUCGCCGCUGCGGCGCCGCCUUCCUGGCCAAGCGCAACUGCAUCCACCACCUCCUCAAGCAGCACCCGGAGGUCCAGGAGCGCGAGAUCGAGGAGCACAUCGCCGCCACCGCCGCUCGCCUCCCCGCGCUCGGCCCCGUCAAGACGGAGGACUACGGGCGGGAUCCCGACCAGCCCCUGGACUUCUCGGCUAAGGGCCGAGGCGCUUUGACGGCAGUCAAAGCGGAGGGCGCGUCCCCAGUCUCCGAGCUCCCCUCCUCAGACCAGCCCGUGGACCUGUCCGUUCCCGGCAAGCGUCUCUGGCGGGAGGAGGCCGAGAGGCGCCGGCUUUUCGCGGAGCAAAACGGCGCCGCUCCCCAACGCCGAGACAAGCCGGCGGCCGCGUCGCCUCUCGGGGCCGUCCGCUUACCCGCGGGCCUUCCGCCGGGCCCCUCGCCCCGCCCCCAGCGCCUCAAGCCCCUCCUGCCUAAACCCACCUCCGUUAAGGAGCUGCCCCCUCUGGCCUCCAUCGCCCAGAUCAUUCACUCCGUGUCCGCCGCCCCCGACCUGCUGAAAAGAGAGGCGGCGGAGACCGACCGUCAGCCGGCGACCCGGUCGCCCUCGGCCCCGCCGGGCGUCACCGCCGUCCCGGAGACGCCCGCCGACGACACCGCCAGGAAGAAGAACAGGAAGAAGAGCGCUCACGACGUCCUUCCCGUCCUGGGCGGCGGCGUGGACUUGGAGUCCAGCGGCGAGUUUGCCAGCGUGGAGAAGAUGCUGGCCACCACCGACGCCAACAAGUUCACCGACUUCCUGCAGACCGAAGACUCGAGUGUGUUUUUGCGUGCAGACGGCCACCGAGCGGGCGGCGGCGCGGACAAGGAGGCGGUGCCGAAAGAGCGCGCCAAGACGGCGGCGCCGCUUCCGCAGUCCAAAGGCAAGAAGAACGCCUACUCCAACUCUGUCCAGAAGAUGACCUGUCCCUUUUGUCCUCGCGUCUUCCCGUGGGCCAGCUCGCUGCAGAGGCACAUGCUCACGCACACCGGUCAGAAGCCCUUCCCGUGCCCUCGCUGCGACGCCUUCUUCUCCACCAAGUCCAACUGCGAGCGCCACCUUCUCAGGAAGCACGGCGUCACCAACCGCACGCUGAGACGCAACGGCGUAACGGCCAAGAAAGAAAGCGACGACGGCUCGCCCGAGAGCGCGGGUGGGCCCUUCGUCGCCGAUCGCGUGACGUUCCGGGCCGAGAGCCUCCGCGCUCAAAAAGGAGUCCCUUUUGUCCCCCGUCCUACAGGGAGCCAGUCGGACGCGGAGCAGCCGGUCGACGAGCGGUCGCCCGCGGGCCAUCCGGCCCCCCUCCGAGACGCGCCCCCAGAGCAGAAGGCGGAGGAACCCGCGCCGCCCGGCCCGAGUGAGACACCGCCCGCCCGCCCGCGUACGCCGACCCGGGCCGUCGCGUUGAACCGCCCGCCGUGUUUUGUGUGCGCAGACGUGUCGGGUCCCGCCCCGACGUGCGAGCUCCAGCCCCGGCAGAGAGCGGCGGACGCCUCCCGAGAAACGGCCCGGCCCGCGCCGCCCGCCGCCGAGCGCGACGACGACGACUGUCAGAGCGACAAAAGUUUGGAUUUGAACUUUGGCUCCAAGCUGAUCGACUUCAAGCUGUCCGACUCGGCCGGCGCCGCCCCGUCGACGGAGGCCCCCGACGGCCCCUCGGACCGAAAGCACGUCUGCGGCGCGUGCCGCAAAACUUUCCGCUACGCCACGACGCUGGCCCGCCACGAGAAGGCGCACCUGAGCCGGGAGGAGGCGUCCGAGGGGAAAGAGGCGGCGCCCCGGGAGAUCGACGACGACGGCGCCGAGGAGGAGCCGGAGACGGGCCCGGACGAGGCGGAGGAGCGCGGCGACGCCCCGGAGAGCGACGACGACGACGACGACGAAGACGAGAAGGACGAGCGCAGCGACGAGGAAGCCAAGAGCCCGGAGGGCGACGAGGAAGCCAAGAGCCCGGAGGGCGGCGAAGUGGCCGACGGCGCCGUGGCGGACAAACGUAAAAAGAAGACCUGCGCCGUUUGCGCCAAACGAUUCUGGUCGCUGCAGGACCUGACCAGACACAUGAGGUCGCACACAGGCGAGCGUCCUUAUCGCUGCGCCACGUGCGAGCGAACGUUCACGCUCAAGCACAGCCUGGUCCGCCACCAACGCAUUCACGCCAACAAGACGGCCGGCGAGGACGGCGGGGGCCGCCCCCCCUCCGAAAACGAGAGCGCCAAGGACUCGGACGGCGGGGGCCGCCCCCCCUCCGAAAACGAGAGCGCCAAGGACUCGGACGACGGCCGCGUCUCGGACCCGGAGCGUCCGGUCGGAGCGCCUCCCGAGCCGCCGGAUCCCCCGGCCGACGCGGAGCCUCCGUCGGCGGCCGCGGUUUGA